AUGGAGCACUCAAUAGCAGAUUGGGCAAAUCUUCAUGAUUCCAUCCUUGUUUUGAUCGUGGAGAAAUUGGUUCUUCCGCUUUCCAAUUAUGUGCGUAUCCGCACUGUUUGCAAGCCGUGGAACUUGGCUAUCAGCAACAACACCAACCUACUCCGUAAAACCUUGAAGGAUAGUUCCCCGCUGCUGAUAAUCCCUUCCAACGGAAACAGUGAAGAAAGGCUUGGUUUGUACAACGUGAUUGAGGAAAAGAAAUACCAGAUGGAGCUGCAACUUCCUGUCAAGACUACUACGAGAGCAUUCUGUGGCUCUUCUCAUGGAUGGCUAGCUAUGUUUGAUGCCACAACUUUAGCCAUUACGCUUAUCAACCCUUUCACCUCUGAUGCUAUCACUCUUCCUCUGCUUAAUUAUUCUGGUGAUUUCUUCAUCAACAAGGUUGUACUAUCAGAUGAUCCUUACCUAAAUCCUAAGGAAUAUUUUGUCAUCGCCCUCGUCAAAGCCGAUGACCAUACACAAAUUGCAAUCAUUCGACGACCAGGUGAUAUUGAACGUUGGGCUUGGAUUAACAAUCCAGGAGGUGAUAAAAUAACUGAUGCUAUUUUUCGCAACGGCGAUAUUUAUGCUGUAGAUUUGUCAAAUAAUAUCAUAUCAGUUAAGAAUUUUUCAAGCUUUGAUGGCACAAGAAAUUCAGCUAUUAAGUCAGAGAUCAUUGUACGCGGGUCUGGCAGUAGACCAGCUAUUAUGAAAUCAUACAUUGUGGAGUCAUCUGCCGGAGAUAUUCUGGUCAUCAGAAGGAUUUUCAGGUUUGAUCAUUAUAAGAAACAUUACUUGACUAAAAAUUGUAAGGUUUAUAAGCUGGUCCAAGAUGGAACUGAAGCAAAGUUGGUUAAUGUAGAAAGCGUAAGAGAUGAUGCAUUAUUCUUGGGUGGGAACUGCUCCAUGUCGGUUGCGGUCACUCAGAACUUCCCAGGGUGUCAACCAAAUUGUAUUUACUUCACAGAUGACUAUAACUUUAUUUGUUUUUUGGGUUCAGAGUCAGCUAGGCUCUUAAAACCCCAUGAUAUGGGUCGGUUUAAAUUGAAGAUGAAUGGAACAAUGAAACGAUUUUACGAUCCAGAUCAUACAAUUUACAGCGAUAAGCUAUUUCCUAUAUGGAUUUUGCCAACACUUAAAGGGCAAUCAAGUGAAAGGUAG